ACAGUCAGACCCGUUCACGGAUAGCAAUGACGCCCCUCUACAGCUUUGUUCUCAUCGUCCUGAUCUCCUUUGUCAAUGGUUUUCCGAAAUGGGGUAUAUCAUCAAAAAAGCCGCCACCUUAUCGACCUUCGUUCUGCGUGACCCCACCAUUCAGUCCAACUUGUAUACCACUAACAUCACAUUGGUACUACGACUCCACAGUCAAAGCCUGCAUGCCGAUGGGUGCUGGAUACUGCACCAACAACUUCAACACAUUCGUUUCCCAAAAAAAGUGCUUGGAAAUGUGUGAUCCACGCGCGAAGGUCAUGUUGCAGCAGUGCCUGAAACCACCCACCAUCACUCCCUGUGGUGCUCCACAAUAUGCCUGGUACUAUGAUGAUAGCACAAAAUCCUGUAAAAUGUUCACUCACCAGUCGUGCAAGAGCAACGGCAAUUAUUUUGCGAGUGAACUGAAGUGCCAGUCGGUGUGCCUACCGAAAAUGACUCCGAAACCUCUCUGCAGCGCGGAUCCCAUUCGAGAUAUGUGUCUUGUCAAAAGGAAACAUUUUUAUUUUAAUUUCAAACUUAACAAAUGUAUGGCGUUCUUGAAGAACGGCUGCGGGAAAGGAGUGAACAGUUUCGCCUUCUUGACUCUGUGCAUGGACACAUGUAGUUACAACAAGUCUACGGUGGCCUGUCCUAACUGUGCACAGAAGCAUCCAAAUGAGCUGCCUCCUCAGGGAAAGCCCACAGUGCCAAACGUCGUAGGACCGAUCAGUCCUCUCAGUCCAUUAGGCCCGUCCACAAUGCUGAACCCACCAGUCAACCAGGGCACAACAGGACCAGCUAUACCAGCUGGUAAACCAGCCCUGCCUAGUACACCGACACUACAGGGGAAGCCGAGCUCAGCUAACCCUAGUAGUCCAGUGCUACCCACCUUGCCCAUGCAACCAAUCCAACCUGGAAAACCACUCGUACCUAGUACACCUACCUCACAGGCCAAACCCAGCUCAUCUAUCCCUGGUACUGCUAGUACGGUAAUACCAAACCAGUCCAUGCACCCCAGCCAACCAUUUCCACCUGGAAAACCAGUCCCAUCGAGUACACCUACCCAACAGGGCAGACCCAGCUCAACUUUCUCUGGUAUUCCAGCACCACCAACUCCCAUGCUACCCAACAAACCUGUCGGACCUACCUCGCCUUUGCAUCCUGGAAAUAAUCCAAUCAGCCCAGCUGCUCCACCACUCCUGCCUACUACACCCACGCCAACUGGCCCAGCUCUUCCCGCCGGCAGAGCCAAUCAACCAAAAAGAGCAGCCUUACCGUUAAGGGCAGGUUUUCACAGAAAAUAAUAUUACAAACUGGGCUAUACGACAUGCCUUGUUCAUCUAAAUCACGCUGCACUCACAGAAAUAAGGACUAAAGAACAGCAGCAACAAGAUGUAGUUAGCGUUAUUCCUAUUCGUUCCUUUUCCUUAAUCGUCGUUUCUGCCAGGACAACACGAUUUCCAAGAUGGAUAAAUGAGGGCGUUGCCUCAUCCUGCUUUGCCUACCAAGGUCGGUAUACAAAGCCCACCCAGCUUGACACAACCACGCACAACCGGCUUCUCGUAAUAUUCCCAUUGCAGACGCCAAUGUCAUACAGAACACUGUACGCCGCAACCCCUACAACAUUAACCAAUCUCUCUAUGCUGGCAAGCAUCACACAGCCGACCUUGCCUAACAAAAUUGUUGAACAUCUCCCAGCGCCCCUGCGCCAUUCACUGCACGAGCCAAACAUGGGAAUUUUCGCCUGGUUCGACGUUAGCGCACUGAAGAACAUGCUAUACUUCCACUUAAAAAAAAAACAAUAUUUGCGAGAAAUACUGCAAAAUUUAUUCCCCGCUUCUCCUGUAAAUGGUUUUGACAAACAUAAAUGAUUUGUGCAUGCCCUCCUGUACUACAGCGGCUUUGUCAGAAAAUAAACUGCCGCAUUGUGUUAUUUGA